CUCCAACCUUCAUCAUACUCUAUUAUUCACCGUCACCAUCUUUCACUUCCUCUCCUUCCAAAAUGUUCCAGAGAACCUUCCUCAGACAGGCCCAGCGGUCCCUCCGCUCUGUGCGCCCUACCUCCAUCAACACCUCCGCUCUCCGUCGCACGCCGCAGCUCCCCCAGGCUGUCCGCCCAAUUGCUCCUCAGUCGGCCUACCGGUUCUACUCUACUGAGAACAAGGCCGAGAAUGGCGAGAAGAAGGAGGGUGAAUCUGCCCAGGAGGCUGAGGACCCCGUCCGCAAGGAGCUUGAAGAGAAGAAGAAGGAGGUCGUUGAGCUGAAGGACAAGCUGCUCCGCUCGAAGGCCGACUUCCUCAACCUGCAGGAGCGCACCAAGCGUGACAUGGAGAACUCUCGCAACUUCGCUAUCCAGCGCUUUGCUGGCGACCUCCUCGAGUCCAUUGACAACUUUGACCGCGCCCUCCUUGCUGUUCCCAAGGACAAGCUCGAUGCUCCCCAGACUGAUGCCAACAAGGACCUGUUGGAGCUCGUUUCCGGUCUGAAGAUGACUCAGAACAUCCUUCUGAACACCCUGAAGAAGCACGGUCUUGAGCGCUUUGACCCCAGCGAGCCCACUGAGGAUGGCAAGACCCAGAAGUUCGACCCCAACCUCCACGAGGCUACCUUCAUGGCCAAGGUUGAGGGCAAGGAGGAUGGUGACAUCAUGUACACCCAGAGCACCGGAUUCCGCCUCAACGGCCGCGUUCUUCGCGCUGCCAAGGUCGGUGUCGUCAAGAACUAGACGUCUCGCCAACACUCUUAACCAUUAUCUCUCCCUUUCCGCCUCCCUGUCUUAUCUUCUUGUUGUAUAAUAUACCAAAUACGUCUUCGCUAUGAUGGGGAUCGACUUAUGUUAAUCCGACAGGCUGGAACAUCUGGAAUUGUUCCAGGUCUCUGUUGCUUUGUCCAUGAACGCAUGUGUGUAUGAUACACCUUACCUGUGUUGUGUGGUCUUGGUGCUUUUAUAUCUUUUCUGUUACUUGGCGUUGUUUCUGAACUCUCUCCUCCUAUUUUGUAUAUUAUAUCCCUGGCUGGUGUCUUUGUUCCUUUACUUCUCUCAUGGAAAAAGUGGGAUUGUGUUGUUGGGAUUGGCAUUGGCACGGAUGUGGAUGACAUUUGCAUGGCAUUGGAUCAUGUUUAUUUUUAUUGCAUCACUUUGCUUGCCCGGUAGGCAAUGCAAGGUGUUUUGAUCUAAAC